CUCGACCCCUCAACAACUCUUUGGCAGACUAUCUGUCUCUUGUUCAUUUUUGUCAGUGUCAUCGGUCGGGAGAUUCUCGCAAUCUCCUCUCGGUCCACCUUCAAGAUGGCCGCCGCCGCAGACAUUGAGCAGAUGAACAAGCUCCGCAAGAGCCUGGGUCUACCAUUGUUGAACCGAUGACGACUCCGACCAAGACUCCGACCGCGAAGUAGCCUCCACCCUCGAAACUCGCGAGGCCGCUGGCUUCGCCAAUUGGAAACAAAUUCAAGAUGAUGAGAAAAAAAGAGUGCAACGAGAGAAACGGAAAAAGGAAUUACAAAAGGCCCGCGAUGCUGAUGCCAGAGCCAGGAAACUCGAAGGAAAAGGUCUCGGCGAUGUCGAUGAGGGAGGUGAUCUCGACGCCAAAGCCUGGCUGAAAGGACAAAAGAAGCGUCAACUUAAGAUCGAACGUGAACGUGCGGAGCGGCUAGCCAGAGAAUUGGCCGAGCGGGAGGCCGAGGCUGCAAUUGAAUAUACCUCCAAAGACCUCGCCGGAGUGCAGGUAGCUCACGAGAUUGAUGAUUUUGACGGUCUCGAUUCCGAGCAGAUCCUUACACUACGAGAUCAAGAAAUCGGAAAGGACGAUGACAGCGAGCAGGAGGAUAUACUCGAGAACGCUGAAAUCAAUGCACAAGAUGCCCUCAAAGAAAAACUCGACCUCAAAAAGCGCAAGGUGUAUGAUGUAAAUGACGACUCGGAAAAGGGUUUGCUUUCUCAAUACGACGAUAAGAAGCGCAAGGCGUUUACUCUUGAUGGCAAAGGUGCCACUAUUGAAGAGCGAGAAGCUAAACGUCAACAAGUUGGUGAGAAGUUAAAGACCUCAAUUAGUCUCGACUUUCUCAAACCCGAGUCUGUUUCCGAUUACAUGGAGGUUAAGAUCAAGAAGCCUAAGAAGGAGAAGAAGAAAUCCAAGCGGCAAAAGGAGAUUGAUGAGGAUGACAUUUACCCGGCUCAAGAUCAAGCCAAUGGUGAUGCCAUGGAAGUCGACACCCAACCCGCCAUCGCACGCUCCAAAUCACGUUCAUAUCAAGACAACUUCAACGACGACGAUGACCUGGCCAGUGCUUUGGCGAGUAGUCGGCGAGCAGUGUUGAAGAAGCAAAAACGAAAACCGGAAGACAUCAUCAAGCAGUUAAAGCAGGAGGAGGCGGACGAGGCGAGUGUACAAGACGAGGCCAAUGGUGGACUGGUCUUCGAUGAUACUACAGUAUUCUUGGACAAUCUUUCCUCUCGGCCUCGAGAGGAGCCGGUGGAACAACCAGUGCAAAAAUCAAUCGAGCAGCCAGAAGCGGCCAGCCCGCCAACUCCCGUCAAGGAGGAAGAAGAUCAUCCUAUGGGCGAGGCUUACAACGGAGUGGAGAAUGAAGAGGAGCUUCUCGAGCGUCUGCGCCGUGAACAGUCGACCAACACUCCAGACAUAUCACAUUCAGGUCUGGAUGACGAAAAGACGAUGGACCAAGGUGUUGGAGCAGCUCUAGGACUGCUUCGACAACGUGGUUUGAUCAAGGAGAGCGACGCUGGCGAUAAGAACAGUCUGUAUAAGGAUCGACAGAAAUUCAUCAUCGAGGCACGACUGCGCGAGCAUGAAGCGGAGCAACGGGCUCGAGCACAGCGUGAACGGGAUCGACAAUCUGGCAAGCUCAACAAUAUGUCGGUCAAGGAGCGAGAGGAACACGCUCGAUGGCAAAACACACAACGCGAGCACCAGAGCUCAAUCCAAGCGGCAGCAGCGUUCAAUCGCGAAUACAAGCCGGACGUGACGUUGAAAUACAUUGAUGACGAUGGAAGAUCGAUGAACGCUAAAGAGGCUUUCAAACAUCUCAGCCACCAGUUCCAUGGCAAAGGCAGUGGUAAGCAGAAGACGGAGAAACAUCUCAAGAAGGUUGCAGAGGAGAAGAAGAGAGAGGCAUCCAGUGUAUUGGAUAGUAGCAAGGCUACAGGGAUGAGCAAUGCACAAGGUGCAAUGGGUAAGAGGCAUAAGGAAGCUGGUGUUCGAUUGGCCUGAGCUGUGUAUGAAGAUGCAUUGAUUGGUACGGUGCUAGUAUUAGGGACCUUCGUACCUCAAUAGGUACCCCACGUACGUAUCUGUAUGUACUAUAUGCAAGAC